AUGGUUUCUCUACUGGCAAUCUAUGCCGGUGUCAUUGCAGUUGGAAAUAAGCGAUUUGCUACAGCUGCCAUCAAUCCACUGGAUCCGAGCGGUAAACAGUUCACAGAGCUUCGUCAACAGUAUCUUCAAAACACUGUGGAGCAAUUCCUGCUUCAUUCAUUCAGUCUGCUAGCGUUGUCGACUUACCUUUCUGAAGAGAAGAUGCAUUGGAUUCCGCUGUUGAUUGUGCUCUUUAUAAUCGCAAGAGCUCUGUUUUUCAUUGGGUAUUCCAUUGACCCUUUGAAGCGAGGAGUUGGAUUUGCAAGUACCUCGUACCCAACUCUGGCUGUUACUGGAUACUGUUUGUAUUGUAUGUGCGUGUAUGGUGUGACCUUUGGCGUUAAAUGAUUACAUAAAGAAUCAUAAGGGACUCGGUUUCAAUCAGCUGUUCAGUACAUGACUGUGACGAGUCAACUGGGGUGAAAACUUGCCUUUGCUGGGAUUUCUACCGAUUGAUAUAAGCUAGAAAUAGGUGCCAUCGCAGAACCUCGUGAAGUUAAUGAAGAAUGGUUCUACUCGACACGUACCGCUUUAUUAUUUCAACAAAGUACUGCUUUUUUUUCUUAAAUAGCUAUUUCCUUUGAGUAUCACUUUCAGUUGAAAAUUGCCAAUCCUGUAAUAUCAGGGCACUAGCCUGGGACCAGGCUUCUUGGUGGGGAACCGCAAGAAAAAUAAAAUCAAAGAAGGUGACCGUUCUGGGUUAAUAACCUACUCAGUAUCGCGCAACACAAAAUUUGAAUUGCAAAGUUGAUAGCUAUUUUGUUACACAAGUCGAUCUUGUAUUUCAAUACGUGCUUAUCAACACGCGAUCUUGCGCCAUGGUGACCAAAUCAGAAAAGGAUGAGAAAAAAUACACUAGAGAGCAAAAAAUGGUCCUCAACUACAGGAAUAUGGCAUUCAUUUUCUUAUUCUGUUUUACCAUGACCGGAUUAUGCAUUCCGUUCCCUAAACUCCACCUUCCCACUUUACUCGAUGGAGUUGUGUUUACACUACGAUGGUUAAUAGUUUCACUUGUUACGAUCUGUACUGGUGUCGUCGUGGUUGGAAUUACAAGAUUCAAGACCUCCGCUAUCAAGCCACUGGACCCUGAAGAGAGAAAGUUCACGGAGCUACCACAGAGGUACCUUCAAAACACUCUGGAACAGUUCAUGCUUCACUCGUUUAGUCUGGUUGCAUUGUCGACUUAUCUUUCUGAAGAGAACAUGCAUUGGAUUCCG